CAAACCCAAAGCCCAACAGCUCAAACCAAAACAAAACCACACGCACAACUUCACAGUUCUCUCUGUCUCUCUACUCUAGUGUCACAGCAGAGCACAUCAAGUAUCAUUUGUACGUGCAUGUACAUGUAAGCUCUCAGAGACGACGAGAAGCGGGUCGGUGCAAAGACACCAUGAAGGUCAAGAUCACGAGCUCCAAGAUCGUGAAGCCGGCGUACGACGGCGGCGCGGCGCCGAGCACCGGCGAGAGCGUGCCGCUGAACGUGUUCGACAGGGUGACGUACGACGUGUACAUUGCCGUCAUCUACGCGUUCCGGCCGCCCAACCCUCCGAACGCGGCGCUGGAGCAGGGCCUGGCGCGGGCGCUGGCCGUGUAUCGGGAGUGGGCGGGCCGGCUCGGCGACGGGCCCGACGGCCGCCCCGCCGUGCUGCUGAGCGACGCGGGGGCGCGGUUCGUCGAGGCCGCCGUGGACGCGCCACUGGCCCGGUCGAUGCCGUUCAAGCCCUCGCCGGAGCUGCUGCGGCUGCACCCGAGCAUCGACGGCGGCCCCGUGGAGGAGCUGGUGCAGGUGCAGCUCACGCGGUUCACGUGCGGGUCGCUGGUGGUCGGGUUCACGGCGCACCACCGCGUCGCAGACGGCCAGGCCACGGGCAACUUCCUCGUCGCGUGGGGGCUCGCCACGCGGCGGCUGCCGGCGGGGCCUCUCCCCGUCUGCGACCGCGCCACACGGUUCCAGCCGCGGGAUCCGCCGCGCGUCGAGUUCCCGCACCGCGGCACGGAGUACCACCUGCCCGCCGCCAAGAGGCAUGGCGGCGAGGACGUCGAUGAGGAGGAGGAGAUCGGCGGCGCGGCGCACGACAAGAUCAAGGUCCACAAGGUGCUCUUCACCAAGGAGUUCGUGGCGCGGCUCAAGGCGCGGGCCUCGUCGUCGCCGGGCCCGGACCUCCCGCCGCCGCCAACGGCGCAGCAGCGGCGCGGGUACAGCACAUUCGAGAGCGUGGUGGGCCACCUCUGGCGCACGGUGACGGCGGCGCGCGGGCUGGGCGCCGGCGAGGCCACGAAGCUCCGCAUCUCCGUCAACGGCCGGUCUCGGAUGCGUCCCCCCGUGCCGCGCGAGUACUUCGGCAACAUGGUGCUCUGGGCGUUCCCGGUCGCCGACGCCGGCGACCUCGUGUCCCGGCCCGUCCAGCACGCCGCCGACCUGAUCCACCGCGCCGUCUCCCGGGUGGACGACGCCUACUUCCGGUCGUUCGUGGACUUCGCCUCGUCGGGCGCCGCGGAGGCGGAGGGCCUGGCGCCGACCGCCGACGAGUCGCAGGUGGUGCUGUGCCCGGACCUGGAGGUGGACAGCUGGCUGGGGAUCAACUUCUACGACGUGGACUUCGGCGGCGGGUGCCCGUUCUACUUCAUGCCGUCGUACCUGCCCAUGGAGGGCACCAUGUUCCUGCUGCCCUCCUUCCUCGGCGACGGCGGCAUCGAGGCGUACGUGUCCCUCUUCGAGGGCCACCUCGAGGAGUUCAAGAGGAUAUGCUACAAUAUCGCCUAACCUCCAAUCGCUGAUCCGGCCGCGCGCCAUGAAUAAGAAAAAAAAAAGGGAAUUUAAUUAACCGAGAGCAUCCACAGCCAUCGAUACCGUAUAGGUUGUUAGCUGUGGCGGCUUGGUUAGC